GUUAAAUCGAGUUGUUUGUGCUCUGAAACACACUAGACCACAAUAAAGCAAAACAGGCUGUUCACUUCGAUUGUGUGAUAAGUCAGAGAUGCUGCCGACGUGUACCCGUUGCAGAAGCCGGAGGAUCAAGUGCGACUCCUUGCUUCCAGCGUGCGCCAACUGCUCUAAGCAUGAUGUUGAAUGUACCUUUCGAGAUGAAGCUUUGCAAGCAGAUGUUACCCGAGGCUAUCUCAAGACAUUGCAGGAUAGAAUCGAGAAGCUAAACUCUGAGCUAGCGUUGAACUCUCAAAUCUCUUCAAGUGGCCUUACAGAGAGGUCUCCUGAUGGCAUGUCAACACGGCCUUCCUUGGUCUCUUCCUUCAUUCUUAUGCCUAAAUCUGGUAGAGAUAUGUACCUAGAUCUUUCACUCUCAUCACGUCUUGUCGAGGUCACACUCGAGGUACUUUCACAACACCACAAAACAAAUGACUGGAGGACUAUUGAUAAAGAAAGUGACCCGUUACCAGAUAUCCCGCACCUUGACAGGUCCAUGCUUACACCUGGCGUGGUGCGCGGGCUUCUGAAAGACUACCAUCGCUUCGUUCGACCAAAAUAUGAUAUCGUGGAGCUUGAUAUUCUGAGCCAUGACGGCAUCCACCUACGGAAGCUCCCGGAAAUGCGAAGGUUUCAGAUACUGAUGGCCUGUUCUAUUUCCGCCGCCCAAAAAACGUACAAAUCUCCAAAUUGGAAGCCGUUCGCCCAUACGUGUCGUGAGUGGGCUAAUGACUUCAUCGCCCCAAUCAUUUGUGCUGCGGACGCAGAUUCUAUGAAAGCUAUCCUACUACUUCUCGUAUAUGAACUGGCUGAUCCAACUCGCGGCAUCAUCUGGGAACUCCUCGAUGUUGCGCGAAGAACAUGCUUGCAGCUAGGCUGGAACCGAACCGCGUCGAACUCCAACGACUUCAAUGGUCAUGAGGAAUCACUUUUAGCUGAUCCUGUGAGAACCCAUCUCAUGUGCGUACUUAGGGAAAUUGAAGGGUCACUACGAACGGUAUCCAAUCGGCCAAUCUUGUUGAUCGAAGAUAUGUCAUAUUGCGCACCGGAAAAGGAUAUAUCUUCUAUCUUAUACAGCAAACUAUUCCACGCAAUCUACGGUACUAAUCGAAUCGGUGAUGCCGAGAGCUGCCCUUUUGUUGGUGAAGUCUCAGGACUGCUUGAUAGGGCCGAUGUUAUUGCAGAUGCUAGCCCAGCAUCCCAGGAAAUCUGGCUUGUCCUCCUAGCAACCUGUGUCAGGCAUAAGCAGUGCGUGGCCUGCUAUCAGGAACCGGACGACCAGCAGGGAAAGGGAAUGAGGACAUUAAGACGUAAGAUUGUCAGGGCAGCGGCAGAACUUUUAUCGAACACACACAGAGCAACCUUCAUUGAGGAAGACUUUGUAUCACCGAUUAUAGCGUGCUCAAGGGCCCUUAUAUCUGGAUGCUCACUAGCGACAGCUAUAGUGAAGAGGUGGACAUCCUUUCAGUCGCACUUCAGAGACUUGAUUCUAUGCAGCGAAAUCCUAGCCUUCUUCUCUUCUCAUUGGAAGGGUGGCCAAUCUUACCUUCAUGCCUGGCAAACUAUUAUGGACCUUUUGCAUAGCCAUAUGGAACAUAGAAGUUGAACCAGGAUAGUCAAUAUGGCAAGCACGGUGUCAUGCAAGUCAUUGAGGCUUAAAACUAUAGGAGAGAAACAUCUCAUCUAUGCUGAAAAUUUCCGCGAAAAGGAGUUGAAAUGCGGGUACUAGCAAUUUCUCUGUUCAACC